GAACAUAACGGGAAAUCGUGACGGCUUUCCCCGUUUGUACGAAGAAAAAAACAAGUAUGUAAAGUCAGGCCCUGCAAACUUCAGACAACCAGGAAUAGAUCGUCUUUUCUCUUUCAAUUCUUAAACAAUGAAUUCUUCAAGAAUCGCCCCUUCGCUAGUGACUAUGUCGCGUACUAUGCGCUCUCAACAGGCCAUUCGCACUGGUGCUCGCUACCUCGCUGCAUCACGAACCUUCCACGUUCAAGCUCGUGCAUCUACCUUUAUCGUCGGUUCAGAACGUUUCAAGCAAGCUGGCAUUCUCAACACCAACAUCAUCACACAACAAGUCAGAACCUAUGCCGACAAGGUCGUCAAGGUCCCUCAAAUGGCUGAAUCGAUUUCAGAAGGUACUUUGAAGCAAUGGGUCAAAAAUGUUGGUGACUAUGUAAAGCAGGACGAAGAGGUUGCCACCAUCGAAACCGAUAAGGUCGAUGUCUCUGUCAACUCUCCCGCCUCUGGAACCAUCAUCGAAGUUUUUGCUGCUGAAGAAGACAACGUGGCUGUCGGUGCUGAUCUCUUUAAACUCGAGCUUGGAGACGCACCUAAAGAAGGUGCCGCUUCCUCCGAAGCCAAGGAAGAACCCAAGAAAGAGGAAACCAAGGAAGAGCCUAAGAAGCAGGAAGCCCCAAAACCCGCUGCCUCACAGCCUUCGCAACCCUCGGAACAGCCCAAGGCUGCCUUCGGUAACCGCUCAGAAAACCGUGUCAAGAUGAACCGUAUGCGUCUGAGAAUCGCUGAGCGUCUCAAGAGCGCACAAGACACCGCUGCCUCCCUCACCACCUUCAACGAAAUAGAUAUGACCAACCUUAUGGACCUUCGAACUACCUACAAAGAUGCUGUUCUUAAGAAGCACAACGUCAAGUUUGGAUUCAUGUCCGCUUUUGUUAAGGCUUCCGCCAUCGCUUUGCAAGAACUUCCCGCCGUCAAUGCUUCCAUCGAUGGUACCGACAUCGUUUACCACGAUUACGUUGAUAUCAGUGUUGCAGUUGCCACUCCCAAGGGUCUUGUCACUCCCGUCCUUAGAAAUGUAGAAGAUAUGGGCUACAUUGACAUUGAGAAGAACAUUGCUGCCCUUGGUAACAAGGCACGUGAUAACAAGAUUACCAUCGAAGACAUGGCUGGCGGUACCUUCACUAUUUCCAACGGAGGUGUCUUCGGCUCUCUCAUGGGAACCCCUAUCAUCAACUUGCCCCAGACUGCUAUUCUCGGUAUGCACGGUAUCAAGGAUAGACCUAUUGCUGUCAACGGCAAGGUUAGUGUACAGUGAAUAUGAAAUAUAUCGGAAAGUGUAACGCAUACUGACUUU